CCAUGGCUCUGGUUACCCUGCAGCGCUCGCCCACUCCCAGCGCGGCGUCCACGUCCAGCACCGCCACCACAAACGCGGGGGAGGACUUUGGAAGUGAUGAUGAGCGCCGGCUAAAUCAGAGAAGACAGACCGCUUCAUGCACAAACACACACACAGUGUGCUUCAUCUCUUCCUGGAUAAUUGCAAAGAGAAGGGAACAGGUUUUUCCUCCUCUAUUAUCUGAGAGAGAGAGGGAGGGAGAGAGAGAGCACAGCAGGAACUUGCUCGCACACUCAGACAGCGUCAGACCGAGUUACAGACAAGAGACUCACUCCUCUUCUCUGCGCGAAAUGUUCCUUCUUUUAUAACUGACCGAAGCACGCUGCUGCAGACCGGGGCGAAGGAGAGCUCCCUGCAGCCAGCAGGAUGCAUCUGGUCGUGGACUCCUGUCAGGACGUUGUGAUGAAGAUGCUGCCGUACUUUGUGGAGAAUGCAUUUGUCACACAGAGACAGAUCUACCACAUGUGAUCUAAGUGAGAGCUUCUUCAUGGUGAAGGGGGCCGCUCUCUUUUUGCAGCAGGGCAGUUGUCCACAGGGUCAGAGAGGUCAACCUUACCACAAACAAGCAGGUGAAUUACCUCAGCAUCUACAGGUGAUGAUCAACAUUCUUCGCUCUGAGGAUCGUAUCAAACUUGCAGUGCUGUUAGAGAGUGCAUGGUCGGACCGUGUGCGCUACAUGGUGGUGGUCUACACCAAUGGCCGACAAGACACAGAGGAAAACAUCCUGCUGGGCAUGGACUUCAGCAACAAAGACAGUAAGAACUGCUCUAUUGGGAUGGUGCUGCCUCUUUGGAGCGACACUAAAAUUCAUUUAGAUGGUGAUGGGGGCUUCAGUGUGACUACCGCAGGGCACACACACAUCUUCAAGCCUGUGUCAGUCCAGGCCAUGUGGUCAGCUUUACAGAUCCUACACAAGGCGUGUGAGGCCGCACGUAGGUAUAACUAUUUCCCUGGUGGCAUGGCGCUCACAUGGAUGGGAUACUAUCAGAGCUGUAUCAGCUCAGAACAGAGCUGCAUUAAUGAAUGGAAUGCCAUGCAGGACCUGGAGACACUGCGACCGGACUCUCCAGUCAUCUUUGUAGACAAGCCAACAGAGAGAGAGAGAACAGAAUGCCUAAUCAAAGCCAAACUCAGGAGUAUCAUGAUGUGCCAGGACCUGGAAAACGUCACGUCCAAAGAGAUCCGUAAUGAGCUGGAACAACAGAUGAACUGCAACCUGAAAGAUUACAAAGAGUUUAUAGACAACGAGAUGCUGCUUAUUCUUGGGCAGAUGGACAAAGCCUCUCUCAUCUUUGACCAUCUUUAUUUGGGUUCUGAAUGGAAUGCUUCGAAUCUAGAGGAACUUCAGGAAACUGGGGUGGCCUACAUCUUAAAUGUUACAAGGGAAAUAGAUAACUUCUUUCCAGGAACAUUCUGCUACCACAAUGUCCGGGUGUACGACGACGAGGCAACAGACUUACUGGCCCACUGGAAUGAUACUUACAACUUCAUUGUCAAAGCAAAGAAAAAUCAGUCUAAAUGCUUGGUUCACUGCAAGAUGGGUGUUAGCCGCUCUGCUUCUACAGUAAUUGCCUAUGCCAUGAAAGAAUAUGGCUGGUCUCUGGAAAAGGCCUAUAACUUCGUCAAACAGAAGCGAAGUAUCACACGUCCUAAUGCCAGCUUCAUGAGGCAGCUGGCAGAGUAUGAGGGCAUAUUGGAUGCCAGUAAACAGCGCCAUAACCGUCUAUGGCAUCCUGAUUCAGAGUGUGAUCACCUUGACUGCCAGCAAUCUGCUGCCUCUUGUUGUAUAAACGCAGAGGCUGUGGAUCACAUCACCCCCAAUCUCACGAACCCUACAUUCACAGUAUGCUGUGAGCCUGCUGUGCACUCCUAUCCUAUCAGCCUAGACCUGGACCCUGCCCACCCACAAAACUACCACUACUACUUCCGCCGCCUGUCUGACUCCGCCCUCGACAGCGAGCCAUCCACUCCGAUUUAUGCUCCACCUUUGGGGGAUGUAGAUCGUCUUUACAUUGAGGUUGCAGAUGUGGAGGAAGAUGCACUUCUUGAUGAUGAAACAUUUGAGGGGCUCGAGGGACUUCCUUUAUCUCACUUUAGUGUUCCUGGAGAGGGCAUGGCCGCCCAGACCUGUUCUCGAGGGGCAGAGCCUCUAGAGGAACUACGUCUGCGGUUGGAGUUUAGCACGGUGGAGGAGGAGGAUGAAGAGGAGGCUCAGAGAGAGCAAGAAGAGAUGGCAGCAUUAGCAGAGGGAAUGAAGAUUGGAGAUGGGAAUGGGGGAGGAAGAAAAGAAAAUGAGGAAGAGUCAAAUGAAAAGGGGAUUGACCUAGCGAGCAUGAACCAUCUGUGCAACAAAAAUUCCAACAACAACAACCACAUCAGAACACAAAAAAUUCUCACUGAAAGUGCCCAUCUGAAGCAGUAUGCUAAGCCCAGGCAUCCUCGUGGCUCGCCAUUGACUUCCAAGCCCACCCAGAGUGCUCUGUUAGAGGCUAACAGACAAGGUCUUGCCCCCUUACCCCUUCACAGUGUGCCCAGUAUCUCCAUUCAAACGCCACCCUGUGCCAACUUGUCCAUGACAGCCAAGUGUGGUAAGCCUGCCACUGAUCUGUGCCUUGAUGCCAAUGCAAUGCCCUUGGGGUGUAAGGAAAAGCCAGUAAGCAAAUCCCUUGACGAUCUCCACCAGGACAAUGGGACACCAUUUCAGGAGGACAAGGGGGAUGGAGAUACUGAUGUACAAGGUUCCUCUGCUCUUCCAAGAAAUGAAAGCAAGAUCAAAGGUUUGGAGAAGGAUGAGGCCACUUGCUCCCCACAACAACAAGAGACUCUAAUCCAGUUGCAAAGGUCCGGCCUUGUUCGCCGUCGUACAGAGCGCUUGGAAAAACUCUCUGGUCUUUUUCAGGAGCGUGCACGUGCAAACGAGCAACGGGGAGCUAAUUCAAGCACAGCUGAUGAUGCAACAAACAGUUUCAAUGAUCCAGCUGACCCAUUCCAAAAGCCCUUUGGAACACGGAUAGAUUACUCUACUGAAGCUGCAGUUCCAUUGACAAACGAGGCCUUGCUGGCCGUUCUAGGGUCGGGUGGCUUGACGCCCGUCUCGUCCCCGCAUGGUUCCACACUCACCCGCAGCUCCAGCAGCGACAGCCUUCGCAGCGUCCGUGGUAAACCAGGCCUUGUGCGUCAACGUGCACAGGAAAUUGAAGCCCGUAUGCGACUAGCAGGACUAACCGUACCUUCUCGACUCAAGCGUUCCAACUCUCUUGCCAAACUGGGCAGCCUUACCUUCUCAUCUGAGGAUUUGUGUUCGGUGUGCUCCUCUGAUGCAGGAACCCUUCUCAUGCUCUCGUUUUCCCCAGAACCUGAGCGCUCAGUCAGCCCAGAAUGGGCCAGACCUUGGGCCUCACCCUCUUCCUCAACCUCCACCAACAUAGAGGUCUUCAACCAAAUGGAAGAAGGAACUGGAGAAUCCAGGAGCUGACAGCAAGAGUGGAAGCUUUUAGUGCAACGAUACCUUUGGCUUCAAUUUCAGCUGAACUUAUAUAUUUAUAUAUUUUUUAAAACAUUUCAGUCACUUGGGAACAUUUGCCAAGCCAAGCUCUUGCUGUGGGAGAAACAGAUUUUACAAGUUGGGUAAAGAGUGCGCCCUACAAAAGAAUGGUUUGAGAGAGUAGCUUUGAAUUGCUUCUAUGUUUUGAAUAUAAACAUAUAUUUAACAGAUAGGUAUCCAAAAUUUUCAGGACAGGCUUUCAUUGCAUUGGAACCUAAUUGGAUGUGUAUUACACAUUUGAAUCCCAUGUUCAUGUUGGACAACUGCACUGACUGACAAACGGUUUGUGAGGUUUACAGCUCUUAUUGCUGUUUUGAAAGCAAAAUAAGAACUCACCAUAAAAGAGACCAUUACUGAAAGAGUCCAAAUAGACCAUUGUGUAAUGUUUCCAUCUGUCCACCCAUUUAUCGCACCAUAAAUCACUUAUUUGGAGACCAGUACAAGUCACAGAUUCCUUCGGACAUGGUCACAAAUUUGAAAAGGGUUUAAAAUCUUACUCCCUGCCAAGCUCUCACUUCCUGGCUGUACGGUGAAAGGAAAUGGACUCUCAACCAUGAUUAGGAAAGUUCUCAGUGUGCUGAUGGACAUUAUGAAUGUGCACAAGGAACCUCUGUUCAUUCAUACUUUUCUCUGGUAUCAUGUAUAUAACACUGAUGCUUUUCACACAGGUUUCAAAUCAAUACCUCAUACCAAUACAGUAAUGUUUGUAGACCAGGCAGGGGUUGAAGCUUAAAGACAACAUUUCUAUGGGUGGGCCCCUGGACUAUAGAGGAGUUUAGUGCAAACCCCCCACCCCCACCGUCACGUGGCCCAGGAAAACAUUGUACCCCCCAAGACAAUGGUCCUAAGCCAGGCUGAUAGUGAAACAUGAUGACUGGCUACAUUUCAGUGUUCACACACAGUGCAGUGUGUGUUGAGGGUCAUUCAAACUGAAUAACCAAGAGAAAGUUUGUUUUAGAUUCUUCCAUUCUUCUAAUACUUGAUAAGGGUGAUAUGAAAGACAAUCAAUCACAAUCGGGCAAAGUCAAGCACCGCACGCACUCAAUCUGAGAUCAACUUGCAGGUGGCUGUUCUCUUUCCACUGAAACGCUCACAGAUGCAGUUGCUGUUUUGAAGAAUGUGACUAUCCGUGUUGCUGUCAUUGAGGCCUGUUGUAUUUCAGUUUGAAAAAAGAGCAAAUGGGUUUAGGGCAGAUAUGGGUCACUGCCUUUGCUGUUACAGUCUCUAAUAGCACAUACGUGUGCUUUGAGGGGUUUGAUAAAAAUGGGACCUUUAUUUUAGUGUCAUUAGCAGAAGAGACGCUCCAUAUUUCCAAAGGCGAUACAAAUCAUUUACUUUCCAAGGUAAAGAGAGACUGUUAUAUAUUUAAAAUCUUUUCCCUGACACAGUAGUGAAAAUUCUUGGAAUGAAAGGAAAUGAUCUGAGCGAGGCUGUUACUACUUAGUACUCACAGUUAGUUUUCCAUAAUGAAACCAAGGUAAAGUGGAAUGGCCUUUUUGAACAAAAUCUUUACAGAUGGAGAAUUGAAGAUCACACUAAUGCUGAACCAAGAACAGACAGCAUGGGACUUAUAAGGCAAAUACAGUAUGUGACAUGAUUUUCAUUCAAUUGAAAUAGUUUAGCUGUGAGGGUGUAUCUCUAUGGGUAAAUUUCACAAAAACAUGUCCAGAUCACGCUUAACCCCCAAAUAACGAAAAUAGAAACAAUAUACUGCAUGUAAAAACAAAGCCUGUUUUUAGGACCAUUAACAUGUUAAUUUGAUUUUCAUUAUUCUCAAGUUGCCAUUCUCAUUUCUCAUUUCUGUAAUACAGUAUUUUUGACUGUAUUACAGUCAAUAAAAUUCAGCAAAAUCAUUUUUAUUUAAAUCAGUAUAAACGUACAGCCAGUACAACAAAUACAAACUGCUAUACUGUGUAAAUACUACACAAUUUACAUUUAUUUUUGUUAUUACAGUAAUGAGAAUUAAGGGGGAAUUGUGCUUAAAAAAUUUCUUAAAAAAAUAAAAAAAGCCAAAAUCUGGGUUCCAGUGAGACACAUAAUGAAAGUGAAAGGGGCCAGUUUGUAAAUGUUAAAAUACUCAAUGUUUCAAAAGUAUAGCCACAAGACAUAAACAAUAUGUGUGUUAACAUGAUUUUAGGUCGAUAAAAUUACUUAUUUUACUGUGUAAAGUUAUAGCCAAUUUUACAACUUUGUUGCCAUGACGAUGUAAUGUCAACACACCCUGAUUACGACUGUAAAAAUGACGAUUUAAACGAACUGUACAGCUCAAAUAAUCCAUGAGUUUUAACAGAACAGUUCAUGCAAGUCCUUUUAUAAAAUUAUACGAUUCACAUUUCUGCCUUUUAACCCUCCAAAAAUUGGCCCUAUUAUCUUCCAUUGUAAGUGCCUCACUGUAACCUCGAUGUUGGCUUUUUUUUUUUUUUUUUAAAAGGAAGGACGAGUCCAAAUAAUUUUUUUGUGGUAAUCAACAUUAGGGUACAAACGCUGUCGAUUGGGCUUAACUUGUAUUGAACCCGGAAUAUUACUUUAAUUGUUAUGAAAAAUGAUUGCACAAUGCAAAAAAAAAAAAAAAAAAUGAAUGUCCUAAAUAUAGGUUUCGUUUUUACUUUUAGAAAAAUCUUAUUUUUGUCUUUUGAUUCUGGGGUGAAAUAUGACCCAGACAUGUUCUUGACAAGUAAGUCCAUCUGUAUCGGAGGACACUUGCCAUACCAGUUGAUGUGAUCACAAAAGCUCUGAUAACAACACACUUCUAUUUGUUUUCAUGUUCUGUUGUCAACGGGCCUUAAUUUACCAAUCGGCUGGCCAAUUACAACUUGCAUUGACGUACUUGAGGUUUAUUAUUAUGCAGCAUACUUUUACAAUAUUUUUUAAAACUGAUUUUGUACAUUUAUCUAUGCUGUCAAGUUUGAGCAAAUAUAAUGCGAAGCUGAAUGUGUGCGAGUGGUGCCUUGCACAUUGGCUACACCAUUACUGUGAACUAUUUAUGAAUAUGAAACCCUUUCAGAGAGUGUGUAUGUGUGUGCGUGUGCACGCUUUAAUGUUAAAGACAUGAGCAGGCUCAUACUGUAGUAAACACACUUUCCACCUCUACACACACUCCACAAUAUACUGUAUGUAAAUACUAUAUGUAUGUGGGUCAUAUAACAGAUUGCUGGGAGUUCAUGGUACUAGCCAACUUGAAUCAGUUCCUCAAUCCUGUACAUGGUUGCCUGCGGGUUUGCAUGGAUCAUUUUGGAUUGAAUGGGUAUCAUUCAUUUAAUUUAAUAUUCCUUCUGGGGCCUGAAUAUUAAACUGACAGGAGAAAACUAAGCUAUUAAACAGAACGGCGUUCUGUGUCACAAACUGUUACUUUCAUCCAUUUUGGAAGGCAAAACACACUGUGUGAAGUGGUAAACUGUGCCCCAAACCCCCCUUUCCCCAAAGUCUUUACCAUUUUGUGUCUGAUGCCAUAUUGUGGUCAAAUUAGAGUCAAAGAUUACAGAUUGAAUGUUAUUGGUUUCCUGCAUUGUCUUGUAUCAUCAACAUCAAGUGCCUUAUCUAAAAGCGCUAGAGGCAUAGUUCUGUGCUGCCUCCCAUCUAAUAAUGUUGCCAGUUAGGCAGUGAGAGAGAUUGAUGGGAUAAAUGGGCACAUUUUAAAACUGGCAGACAUUUCCUUUGCACUUGCUAGUACAUUUUAUUGUUGUAGUAGAGAAAAUAGAAAUAUACCAUUGAUAUUUGGCAAAUUUCCCUUGGCUUUUUGCAACAAGGGCAAAAGAACACAAACUGAUGAAAGGUAUUAGGGUUGCCAAGUUUUGAGUGAUUUUCCUUUCCAAAGAAGUGAGGAAGGACUGUAUGUUAUUCAAGUAAGAAGAGAUGACCAAAGUUCUGCAUUAAUUAUCAAUAUUAAAUAGCCACAUUAUCGAUGCUAUUGCUUUAGGAACUGCCAUAGAUUCUCGCUUGGGAGAGAUGGUGACAAUGGCUUGGAGAGAAUUUCAUCAAGUUACACUGGUUGUUCCUAAUUCAUCCAUUUGUAGACUUUCCACUUGUUGGAUGUUGAGCCUCUUUUUGUGAAUAAGCAAUGCUGUUUAAUUGCAGUGAUCACAAAUUAGGAAUGCUCUUUCCCUUUCAUGUUAUGUCACCCUUGUAUUGCUUUUAAACAUGCAGUAAUUGUGUCCUUUGUACUGCAGAUUUGCUGUAGUUUCAAUGCAUAUUGCACUUUGUACAUUUUGUUGAAAUGAUGUACUGUAUGUGUUUAUUAUGGUAAUAAACCUUUU